CGCCUCUCUGUCCACUUUCCCCGUCGCACCUCUGCAACGUCGAUACCUACCUUUUCUCCCUCUCUCCCUCUCUCCCUCUCUGGUACAGUCGCAACCUCAUACCCUCGUAGUUCAGCGCACCAAUCCUCUGAUCUGCCUAGACCCCAUCGUUCGACGACUGCAAGAAUCUGCCCCUGUAUCCGCUCGGAUCACCUCUCAUCCUCCUCCACCUACCCCUCCUCAUGAACGGUCAACCCUCUUGGGCCGCCACUCAGCGGGGCCCGGCCCAAUUUCGUCCUCAGCCUGGAGGAAACUCCUCAUCGGAUUCUUUCGACCCUCGCAACAUGAAUGGCAGCGGUAACAAUGCUCUAGGUAGAGCACCCUCGAAUCGCAGCAGUCGAUACGGUGAUCAGCAGCAGCAGCAGCAGCUACCGCCUCCCGGCUCGCAGCAGGGUCAAUACCCACAACAGCAGUCCUCACAGUCGCAACAGCGCUACAGCAUGGCGGAUCGGACUGCCUCGCCAGUCGGUCAGGGACAGCCUCCCCAACCGUCGCAGGGCGCUCCACAACGUAGCUCUACUUUCCAGCCACUGAAGUCAUUGCAGUCGCAGCAACAGCAGCAGCCACCUCAGAGUCCCUCCAUGCCUUCCGGAAUGGAUGCCAGUGCCAACGGAGCCCCACACCGUCGGACCCAGUCUCUGCGGCCGUUCUCUGCUUUCCAACCUCUCGAUCAGGCUGACCCCUAUCAGGCUUCCAGCCCCAAUGCCUCCUCACCCCCCGCUCGUCCGUCUUCCCCAACUGGCUCCACGUCUCAGUCCAUCCGUACAGCCGCUACUCCGUUGACCUUCAAGUCUCCCGAACUGCGAAGCGCUCUGACCCUGCAGGACUCUCAGCAAAAGAAGAUUUACAUGGAGGGUUAUCUGUCACGUCGAGAUGCACUGGGCGCAGACGGUAAACCCUUGAGGUCCGGUGACCCGAGAAAAGCCUGGCACUUGUGCUUUGUGCAAUUGAGCGGCACUGUACUGAGCGUAUGGAGUGUCAGACAGAUGGAACAGGCGGCAAAGGAGGGAAAGGAGGUACCGCCUACUUACAUUAACGUCACAGACUCCUUCGUCGACUUGAUCGGUAACCUCGUCGAAGACCCAGCAGAGAUUCCGGGCAGUCGCGGACGGUACGAGAACGUCUUUGCUCUGAAUUCUGCGGGGAACAACCGCAUACUCUUCUGCGUAGAAGGAGCUGUUGGCCGACGUUUGGUGCAGGCUUGGAUCAACGGCAUUCGACUGGCAUCAUGGGAGAAGGUACGACUGGAAGAGAUCUACACCGGGUCUCUGAUCAGAGCGAGACUUGGCGCUGUCGGCGCUGGCUCUACACCAGACACCGCUCCUAUGCAAGGGCCUCCACCUGCUAUCAAGAACAUGUCGGUUGCCAGCCCUCUAGCGAAAGGCCGGAUGGAGGGUUGGGUCAAAGCUCGAUUCAUGGGAUCGACCGAAUGGAAGAAGUGCUGGCUGGUCCUCACAAAGGACCGACCGGACGAUGCAGGCUCAGGUGGUGGUGUUGGUCGCAGGCUUUGGCAAAAGCUCGGCGGGGCUGGAGAUCGUAGCUCCGUCUUGAGCAUCUCUUCACCUGUGCCAGGAUCUCCUAGCCCUGCCAAUGGCGGCGGAAGACCUCUGAGCGUCGUAGGUUCCGCUGGUCAGCCUGAGAUAGAACCACCUCCAGGCUGCAAUGGUGCAAAAGGUACUGCUCAAUUCUUCGAGAACAAAAAGGCAAAGAAAGCUUUCGCAACUAUGGUCUACGUUGCUCAUGCGUUUGCGGUCUACCCUUCGCGCCCCGAGCUUGUGGAAGGAUCAUCUCUGUUCAAGGUAGAGGGAGCCUUUCCGCAGAGCCAGGUAGUCUCUGCUACCAACCGAAUCCGACAAACGGGCUGGGUCAUGAUCAUGCCUGAGCUCGAAGUUGGAUCGAAGGGAGCCAACGCGGAAAUGAUGAAGUGGAUCAUUGGAUUCAUGGAUGCCUACAAGCUCUAUGGCCGUCCAGAGGGCUUUGUCUGGGAUGCCCGCAGCCCUCAAUCUGCGUUCUUCGCCUAUCCCAUCGGUCCGUACAAGGAGAGGCUCUUCCUAGACCGAGAGCUGGCCGAAUUCCUCGAUGUCAGAGAGGAGAGGCAUUUGGCUUCACGGUACAAUUUGCAUGGGAUCAUGUCCGCUAGGAUGAGGGGUGAAAGGACUCCGAUCCUGCCACCUCUUCCCACACCCAACACUGCACAUACACGGCAACUCAAUGGCGCCAAUGGGCCCACCACAAAUUCACGCCCAAAUGCAAAUGCCCAGACGAACAACAUCGCCGAGGAACCGGCUCAAGAGGGAGCAGAGCCGAAGGAAGAGCUUAGAUCUCCCACUUCGAACGGGCCUCCAGCCUUGUCGGAGGUGCAGACCAACAGCCUACCUCCCUUGGACUUCGGUGGCUCCAGAGAGGCGCUGCCCAAGACUUUCGAACCCGCUCCCUCUACGUCUUCCGUCCAAUCUGACUCUGCACCUCUUGCAGCAACGGCUACCGAGGCUUCCCCCUCUGCCUCUCAGGCACCUUCCACGGGAACUGCGACUGCUCAACCGUCAUCGUCAUCUAGGGAUACCGGUGUCUCCCAGGCCCCUGGACUGGACGCAAUCGGAGAGCAGAAGUCUCGUGAAGGCAGCAUCAAUCUGGAUACUGCUAUCGGCCGACACAAGCUGCACCAGCAGGAAGCAGCAGCUCAGGCGGCUUCCUCGGGCUCUGCCAGCCCAGCUCAAGUCUAUGGAACAGCUUUGCAGCCAGAAGAAGAUCGCGUGGGAGCAGGCGCUCGCCCUCAGCCAAGCGCGCCAGCAUUCUCUCACCCCGACGUUGCGUCUAAUUCUGACCGCGAUGGCAGUAUCAGAGGCUCUGUCAAGCAGCCAUCUGUUGCAGAGAGUACUCAAGCGCCAGCAAACGCGCAGACCCAGACUCGACCAACGGUUUUGACGAAUAUCGCUACGGACAGCCGCCCCUCGAGUGGACCGCAAUCGGGUGCAGCGUCGACAAGAUCAGGUGCUGUUGGAUCCCAAGCCGCAGCUCCUGCUUUGGUCUCGCCGCGUCCACAGUAUACAGAGCCAACGCACCAAGCUAAGCCCGUCCCCAUCUUGGCUCCAUCAGGCCGUGGAGCCGAAGCUGAGCAGCAAAAGACAGAAUUCAGUCAGAGUGCCAAGAGUGACACAGAUGUCUCGGCCAGCUACGAUGAGGGUGCUCUCUUCUACCUCCGUUCCAUGUCGGACCAGCUCCCAGCGCCUACGAGCACAACCAAUGCCGGAGAGGCGAGAUCCGUACCGCCGAAGAAUGCUGGACGCGUUGCCGCUCUCGCUGCUACUGCCAGCGCUGCCGCCGCGGCGAAGGACUCUUCAAGUAUUGUAUCUCCUAGCGUGUACACACAGCCUAGCUACGAGAACAGCCCCGUGGACUCACGUCGGCCUUCGAACAUUGACGGCACAAGCAGAGGUAACGAAGAUCGCCUUGACGAGGACGCCAUGGCUGCUUACACUUACUUGGAUCAGCCAGUCUCUCCGUCUGAUCAGCACCAGCAACAGAAGGGUGUUGGCGCACAGGAUCCAGCCAGUCGCACUCCCACUACUGUCGCAACUCCUACUCCUUCCCGACCAGCUCAGCCACCUGCCUACCCUUCGAGCUUCAGCCAGAACAAGCGAACGCAAGAUCGAAAGGAGGCUGCACAGGCAGAAGCCGCUGCUCAUGCCGAAGCAAUGAGCAAACCCGGCCAACGGAUGGGCGUUCAGAGGAAGGGUCUGAAGCAGCCUGGCCGGCAUGCCUGGGGAGAGGAGUCUGACGAAGAGGAGCAAGAGGAGCAGGACCGAGAAGACGAUGACGACGAUGAUCAGGCUCAGGGCAUUCAGACUGUACCCGGUGGAUUGCCUCGUGAUGUAUCAUCAGCAGUAGGAGGCGCUCCCAUCUCUACUUCAAACUCGACUGGCCCAACCAGUAGCAGUAGUUCGACUGACCAGGGCAGAGCUGCUCAGGUCGCUGCGGCUGCUGGUCUUCCCAAGCCUGGCAUGGCCAACAGCACUACAGGAAGCAACGCUUAUGGCCUUGCGGGUGGGCGUGUCAGCAGUCCCAGCUCGAUGCAGUCUUCUGCUUCAACACCCGCUGGAGGCCAGCUGCGUGCUGGCGGCAUUCACCCGGCACUGGUCCCUGGACAACCUUCGCAAUCGAGGCAAGCAACGCAGCAAUCGCAGCUCAGUGCUCCACAAGAUGAGAGGUCGCGCUCCAUCUCACCUGGUCAAGGGUACCAAAUGGGACCUGUCGCCUCUCACAACCGGCAGUCCUUCGUGACGCUCAACAAUAAUGAUCGAUCCGGACAAAUUGCAGCGCCUUUCCAGUCUCAUGGACUCUUGCAGGCCGGAGCUGCCGACAAGGCUGAUCGCUCGGCGAAGCAGCAAGAGUCGGACGCACGUCAGAUGGGCAUGCCCAUGGUCGAGCCUCCUUCGCAACCUCCACAGCCUCAAGCUGGCUUGCUGGGUGCUAUUACCGCCCACGAGCGCGAGCGAAAGGGAGCUGGUGGACUUGGCGCUACUCUGACUGAGCGUGAAAGGCAGCGUGUAGAAACGGAACGACGCCAGCGCGAAGAGGAACAAAUGAGCAGGGCUUACCAGCAGCAGCAGCAGCCAAACGGUAUGAUGUCUCCUCAGAUGACGGGCGGUCAGUGGGGCGGUAUGAUGCCUGGCAUGAUGGGUGGAAUGAUGCCGGGUGGAAUGAUGCCCGGUAUGAUGCCCAAUGGAAUGAUGGGCAACCCCUUCAUGUGGCAACAAAUGAUGAUGAUGAACCCCAUGAUGAUGGGUAUGGGCAUGCCAGGAGGCGGCUACGGCGGUGGUGGAGCCUCUGGCUCACAAAUGAGCCACGGUGGUGGCGGAGGAGGAGGAGGUGGUGGUGGUGGUGGUGGCCCAGGCGGUGCUUCUCCCCCACCUCAAAUGGACCCGUACAUGCAACAGCAGCAGAUGCAACAACAGAUGGCAGCAGCCAUGGCUGCUCAACAGGCCUACAUGCAGGCAAUGGCCAUGGCUGGUCAGUCUCAGCAUGGGCACAUGGCGCCUUCACCAAGUCAAGGUCACGCACAAGCUCACUCCCUAGGUCAAGGUGGUGGUGGUGGUGCGGAAGGAGGCGGCAGUGGUGCUUCACGAGGAGGUCACGCACCCUCCAUGUCCAUGCAUGGUAUGAUGCCCGGCAGUCCAAGCAUGGGCGCCUUUCCUUCGCACAUGUCCAUGUAUGGCAUGCCUAUGAUGGGUGGCUACCCAAUGGGGAGCGGGGGUGGCCCAUCCGAAUUCGGCGGAAUGGGAUACCAGCAGCAGCAGUACCAAGGCGGAAGCGGAGGUGCUGGAGCGGGAGCGGGAGCAGGGAACGCGGGUGGAUACUCGUCCCCUUCUAUGCGAGGUGGUGGUGGUGGUGGUGCGGGUGCUCGGGAUACCCAGGGCUGAACUGAUGGAUAUGGCCCCUAUGUGAUGUGACGCGAUGAGCUAGCACGACUACUACUACUACCCUAUCAGAAUCAGAAGAAAGAAUCGGAAGCAGAAUGCAAUUCCAGAACCCAUCUUUACCCCUCGCCCAUUUUUUGGCCCUGGCUCUGGCUACUUGGAGUAACACCACGAACACUCCCUCUCCUCUUUCCCCUACUCUCUUUUGCUCUUACUGCUACUCUUACGAUCUUUGAUUAUUCGUCCUUUUCUUGGAACGUCAUUGAUACCUGAGCUGAGCUGAGCUGAGCUGAGCUGAGUCGGAUGUGGCAUUUGGUCUAGCUUUGGCU